AUGAGCUAUGUCAAGAGGGAAAUCCAAACUCAAGAGAAGCAGCUCCACCAAGUCCAGCAGAACUUCUCAUUACACAGCAAACUUCUUCUUGACAAGCUGGACAAACUAGAGGCUCAUUUAAUAGCCUUGGAAGAUAAAAACCUUAAAUCAAGAAAUGAGAAGAAACCAGAGAAGAAAUCCCCAAAGAACUUGUUCCCAAACUCAAAUCUCUUCAAGCAAUGGACUGUUGAACUUUCUGAGGAUGAUCAGAGGAAGGCUGAGGAUCUCUUUCAGAAAUACGGUUAUAAUGCCUUCCUCAGUGACCAGUUGCCUCUGGACCGGGAGCUGCCGGACACUCGAGACCACAGAUGCAUUGGCCGUGAAUACCCCCACAAUCUGCCCACCCUCAGCGUGGUGCUGAUUUAUCUGGAUGAGGCUCUGUCUGUCAUUCAAAGAGCCAUUUGCAGCAUCAUCAACAGAACUCCAGCCCACCUGCUCAAAGAGAUCAUACUGGUGGACGACCACAGCACGAAUGAAGAUCUGAAAACACAGCUGCAUGUUUAUAUGAGCUCCAUCAAUGAGAAGCACCCAGGCCUGGUGAAGAUGGUGACCCAUUCAGAGCAGAAAGGACUUUCCCAGGCCAGAAUCUCAGGGUGGAAGGCUGCCACUGGGGAUGUGGUUGCUAUUUUGGAUGCCCACAUUGAGGUCCAUGUCAAAUGGGCGGAGCCCCUGCUUGCACGUAUCCAGGCUGACCGUACACUGGUCCUGAGCCCGGUGUUUGAUAAAGUCAAUUACCAUGACUUGCAAGUGACAAAGUAUGGAGCCUCUGCUCAUGGUUUUGACUGGGCUCUCUGGUGUAUGUACGUGGGAUUCCCACAGAAGUGGUACAAUCAAAAUGAUCCUUCACAGCCAGGAAAGAGUCCCUCUGUGAUGGGAAUUCUUGUGGUUGAUCGUCUGUUCUUUGGCGAGAUUGGGACUCUGGAUGGAGGGAUGGAGGUGUACGGCGGAGAGAAUGUCGAAUUAGGAAUACGGGUGUGGCUGUGUGGAGGAAGUAUAGAGAUUGUGCCCUGCUCUAAAAUCGCUCACAUCGAGAGGGCACACAAACCCUACAUGCCUGAUCUUAGCAGUGUGAUGAAGAGAAAUGCCCUCAGAGUGGCAGAAGUUUGGAUGGAUGAAUACAAAAUAAAUGUGAACAUCGCCUGGGGUCUUCCCAUACUGAACCAUGGGAUAGACAUUGGUGAUGUAUCGGAGAGAAAGAAACUUAGAGAAAAGCUAAAUUGCAAACCAUUUAAAUGGUACCUGGAAAAUGUCUAUCCUGAGUUAAAUCCCUUAAUUUUUUUAGGUUAUGGAGCGCUGAUUAAUGAUCUGCAAACACGUUUAUGUUUGGAUAAGGGGCCACUUGAGGAGAACACUCCCAUUUUAUAUCCAUGCCACUUCAUGGGAUCACAGGCCCUUAAAAGCUACAAGAACCGCUGUCUAAUUGAUCCCGGUUCAGGCAGGUUUCCAAAACUGUCCUGGUGUUCAGACACUGAAAAACCAAAACACAUGUACUGGGACUUCACACAGGCCCUUAAAAGCUACAAGAACCGCUGUCUAAUUGAUCCCGGUUCAGGCAGGUUUCCAAAACUGUCCUGGUGUUCAGACACUGAAAAACCAAAACACAUGUACUGGGACUUCACACAGGGACAGGCCAUACAGAACAGAGAAACCAAACGCUGUCUGGAGAUCAGCGCUGAGCAGAAAGGAAAGUAUAAAAAUAACAUUUUCCUUCAGGAGUGCAGAAACCAACACUGGAAGAUACAGAAUGUAAUUCAGGACUUCUGAAAUGCAAGAUAUAAUCAGUCUAUAUAAACAUAUUUGAGAUGCUUUUGGUCAAUGGGAUCACAAGAAGGCAAUGGUGUUUUAAUCUGUCUCUCUUGACCACUUAUGCUUUCUUUGAGGGGAGGUCUAUGGGUGGGGCUUUUUUCUGCCCUUUUAAUCUAAUAUUGUGAAAUAAACUCAUGCAAUUUAUAUAUGAACGCAAAAGCAAAGUGACUAUGGAAGAUAAGAAAAGCAGCUGCUUUCAUUUCUGAUUUCAUUAUUGCUACGAGAUCAUUGUGCUAUGUGCUUUAUACAUUUUUUUUUACCUUCAACCCAAACAUACGAUUUUAUACGGUGAGAUUAAAUACUGUCUGGCUUGCACGCUUCAACAACACAUCCCAUAAUGUUUAAGAAUUGGCUCAGUAGGCAGGGAGGAAAUGAUCUUUAGUGGCAGUUCGAAUGCUUUCAGCCACAUGAGCAGGGGCGGGUCUACGUGGUGGCCAGGGGGGGCACCGGCCCCCCCUGAAAUUCGAUUGGCCACCCCAGGUGCCCCCCCUAUAAGAUGUCUUGUGAUUGGUGAAGUUCGCGAUUCAAAGAAGUGCAGCGUCUUCAGAGAAACAACGCUCGUCGCGAUCUUGGACUUAUUUAAUUAAUUCUUGACCUGGGUCUUCAGUCUGUGAUUAACUCACCUCGUGUCUGACAAGUCUUCGGGUUCAAAUCAUUCCUUAAUCACGUGACA